GGAGCAGGCAUGGCCUCCCCCGCCCAUUAAGGGGAAGCUGUGGUCAAAAGCUUUUUGUUCCGCAACCCCAACUGCGCUCCCCAGAUCCUGGGCGCACAGCCUUGACUAUGGUCUGUGUCCUCUGAGCUGCGCUUUCUAGUGACUUGGAUUUUCUUCCCGCGAAGGAACAUCUGGUGACUCUGGAGGAAGAUGGGAGCCCGUACUUGGAGGAGUCCGGAGCCUCUCUGGCCGCCAGCGCCCUCUCUCUCCUGCUCCGGAGGAGCCCUCCUGGCGGUGCUGAUGCUGCUCGCGCUGCCUGCAGCCUGGGGUCAAUGUCAAGCCCCACCACAUUUUCCAUCCGCCAUGCCUACAGGACUGACUGAUGAGGUGGAGUAUCCCAUUGGAACAUCUUUGCAGUAUAAAUGCCGCCCUGGUUACGAGAGGAGAGUUUUCUCUAUCACCUGCCUAAAAAACUCGGUCUGGUCAAGCCCUGAAAGCUGUACACGUAAAUCAUGUGAAACUCCUUCAGAACCCAUAAAUGGCAAAAUGGAAAUAACUGGAGAAGCCAAAUUUGGAUCAGUUAUUAAAUAUUCUUGUAAUGAAGGAUACCAACUCAUUGGUGAAACUUCUAAUUAUUGCAGCAUCGUAGGCAAUACUGUCGCCUGGGAAAAUCAAGUACCUGUUUGUCAGAAAUGAUAAAGCGAUGCUCUCCAAGGUAAUGAAGCUGUGGAAGAAUCAACACCCUCAUGUUCGAGGGUUCAACAAUCCUCAAAAGUGGAUACAUACAAGACCUACUUCUUAGAAUUCACACUGAGGAAAUAAACACAGCUUUCUGCAAG